CUCUCCUAUAGGCUGGUGCUUGAGACGUCAGCCAAUAAGAAGCGAAGAGAAGGUUUGAAAGUGAACGGAAGAAAUAUAUAUAGUUGGACAUCGGGAAUGGCCAAUGAAAAGGAGAAUCCCGGCAGCACAGGGUACCGCCUGCAGCGCCGCACGCCGUCCCUGCUGAAACGGCAGUCCCUGCCCGCCCCCGGCGCGCAGGCCCGGCUGGCUCUGGUGCGGAGGCCUCUGAGGGACACGUGGAACCUGCAGGAGGCCCCUGGCUCGGCCCGGGGAGGCCCGAAGGAGCCCGGUUCCGAGUGCGGCGAUGGCCUAGGGGUGCCGGGGAAGCGGACCUCGGUCCCGGAGAGGCGGUUCAGCUUGGACAGCGCGAAUGCGAGGCCGUGCCGGGAGCCGGUGGCCAUGGCCGCGAAGGGCGGCAAGGCUCCCCUGAAGGAGCUGACGAACCGGGCGAGGGAGCCGGGGGGCGAGGGAGCCGGGCGCGCGGCGAAGGAGCCGAGCCUCGAGGCCACGUUUGAGAUCGCCCCCGCCGCGGACGAUCCCAGACCCGCUUUCUUCCCGGCGCUGCUCGGCGCGGACCCGGAUCGCAGCCUGCCGGUCGGCCUGCUGCAGGUGGAGGAGGACGGGGCCGGGGCCGCGGGCGGGGGGGCCCUCUCCCCGGUCAGCGAGCACCUCCGGCAGGUGCACGAGAAGCUCUCCAGGCGGCGGUACUUCCGCGAGCCCUCGGCGGGGCAGCCGGCCCGGCGGUGCCUGACCCCCGUGCUGGAGGAGCUGGCCCUGCCCGAGGAGGAGAAGGCCGCGCCGCUGGACAGGAUCUGCUCGCUGUACCGCAGCUUCUUUGCCGUGGAGUGUGAGGGCCUGGUGGAGCAGAUCCUGAGCAACCCCUCCAGCCCGGCCGGCCGGGGGGGCACCCCGUUGCUCGGGGGGGCCAGCGCCGGCGGGUGGCUCAGCAUAGAGCUGGAGCCCCCGCCCCAGGGGCCCGGCCUGGCAGACAGCGUGGUGGAGCCGCCCUGCGGCGGGCUGGAGGCGUCCGAGAUGUCGGAGGUGAGCCUCCUCAAUCUGGACGAGCUGGACAUGGAGCUGGUGAAGCUGAAGCAGGCCGGGGGGGCGGCGGCGGCGGCGGCGGGGGGGUCUGAGGAGCCCUGCAGCUCCCCUCGCAGGAGGUCCCCCGUGGCCCUCCUGAUGGAGCGAAUCCAGUCCUUGAGCAGCAACGCGGGGUCUUCCCUGGAGGGCACCUUCAACGUCUCGGACAGGAAGGAAGGCGGGCAGGCGGCGGAGGCCGAUGGCCAAGAGGGUUCUCGAGGCUGCGGCGAGGCGGGCUCCCCAGGGGCGAAGGCGAACGUGACCCUCAUCCUCUGCCCGCCCUCCGCGGCGGAGCCGAAAUGUGGCGCUGUGGAUCCCCCGGAGCUCGCCGCGGCGCCCGGCCAGGGCGCGGUCAAUGAGAACGACACCUGGGAGCUGACCCUGGGGGGCGGGGAGGGGAAGCCUGCCACGUCCGACAGCAAGGACAGGAUGUCGGUGGGGAACAGCUUCAGCAGCGACGUCUGCCCCCUCCUGGGCGAUUUGGACAGCAUCUUGUCCACGGACGACAGCCUGGUCAGGAGCCACCCCCUGAUCAGUUCCACGCCCCUGGCGGUGCCCGACGUCUUCAACUUCCACCAGAGGGCGACGUCGAACCCUGCCCCUUCGCAGAGGGAAGCGGUCAAGGCCAACAGCAGCGCCGGCUCGGAGGAAGGCAGCGUCCCUCCCCUGACCGACAGGCUCUUGAACAGCACCCGGGCGAGUUGCGCCGCGGCCAGCGGUUUUCCUAAACCCAAGCCCGGCACGUCCACCCGGAGAGCCAGCCUGGGCGGCCAGCCCUCCGGUGUCGCCAAGAACAGGAAGUCCCUCCUGCCGCCUCCCCCUCCCCCUCCUCCUCCUCCCCCUGCUAAGACCGGGCUGCAGGCCAACUGCUUUUCGCACCCCAGGAUGCUCGACCUGCCCAAGCCGGGCCCGUCUCGGCGCCUGUCUUUGACGUACCCCUCUGGACCUGUCGGCGCUGCUGGCUCUUGCCCCCCCAGCGCUGUCCUCCGGAAACCCCCAAGGUCUGCGGGGAAGCAGCUCGACGGGAUCCCCAAACCUGCUGCUCGUGGCCAGACCCCCGCCAGCUCUGCGGGGGAGAGUUCUGCAGGCGCGCCCUCGAGCGUCCUGUCGAGACUGUCGUUCGGCGGCAGGGGCGAGCAUCUGUCCACCGCAGGUAACAGGCUGCAGGCCUCGGGGCUGCCGAAACCUGCUGCCUCGGGGCUGAGAGCGCCCGUGUCCCGCAGGUCAGCGCUGGGGCCGAAGGUCCCGGGGACACAGCCUGGGAGAGGCACCGCGGCGUCGAGCACAGCCAACCCCAAAGAGCUCCUCGGUGCGCCAGGGUCCGAGGUCCCAGGCUCCUCCAGCAGGGUGCGCCCGCAGACCCCCAAGCUGGCUCGCAAAACAGCCGACGAAACCCUUCUUCCUGUUGCCAAGAGGAAGAAAGUCGCAGACCCUGUGUCCUCGGGCAUCGCUGUGCCGAAGGUCCCUGGGUCCGCGGGGGCCCCCAGGGGGCUGAGGCGGCCAGCUACACGCCUGUCUGGAAGGAUACCAGAGUCAAGAGAGACUGGCCCUCCCUCUUCAAAGGGCUUGCAGGCAGGUUCUGCCCUCUUGACUGCACCUAAACUGGGACUCCGGCCCCCAUCUGUGUGUCUGUCAAAGAGGAGCAAAGGUGCUGUCCCCUCGGCAGACCACGGGUCAGCCACUGCUCAGCCCCAGGAAUCUGAAGUGUCUGCCCUAUCAGCUAAUGUGACGUUUGGGGCAAAAACACCACCUGCUGCAACUCCAGAGAUAGCAAACAAAGGUGCUGCUCAGUCCCGUCUGGACCCUAAAGACCCAAGCCCAGAACGAGCCGCCCAAGACGAGUCUUCUGCAAACGUGACUUUUGAAACAGCCCGGCCAGCUGGGCCCAGGACACAGAAUUCAGUUCCCUCCCCGCCUGUCAACCGGACGCUGGACAUCGCCAGCCCUGGGCGAGCCGGGAGCCUGCAGGAAGAGCCAGCCGGUGGCGCCGCGGCCUCCUGGGCUGGACCCCCACCGCAGUCGGACUCGCCCGCAGCCCCCCUCCAGAACGAUGACUCUUCUCCGUCGGCCAACCUGACGUUUGAAGCGGGGGAGCGUGCUGGGAGCCCGGUGGAGGAGAAUCUGGGUGUCUCUUCCUUGGACGAGCAGGCUGCCAGUCCUCCAGACAAGAGCCAAGGCUCUGCGUCGUGCAGCGGCUGCGCCGAGAGCCACCGGGAGAGCAGGGCACUGCUGGCCAGGUGCCGACGUCUAGAAGAGCAGCUGAAAGCAGGAUCUGCGCAAUGUGAGCUGUACUGCCAGGAAAACGAAAUGCUCCAGGAAAGGUGUCGACUUCUAGAAGAGCAACUCAAAGCAGGUCAGCUCUUCCUCUUAAGAGCUAAAGCAAACUCUAGGCUGUUUUGCGCUUGCACAAGAACAAAAUCCCUCAUCUUGCAAAGGGUCCCCCAAAAGCAGACCCCCACCUUUUCUGGCGAGGUUGAAUUGCACAUCUAUACAUAAUGCCCGUACACUUAUGUGGUGCUUUUCUGGACAUGCCACUCAAAAUGCUGUUCAGGUUCUAGGGAAUCCCACCACCAC